CGCUGCUUGCUCGCUGGCUCGACAUUCGGCCACAUUGUGUAAUUUAAAUUUUCGAAUUUCAAAAUUUUUCAGUUCGCUUCUAAAAUUAAAACGGUCUUUAAAAUGUUAGAAGUGGACUUGCUAGAGCUUUUUAAGACCUUUCCCAUGUGUAUGACCGUCUUGAUCGUCAUUCCAGUCGCUUUUCUCACGUCCCCGGCCACCGGAGCUCACGAAUUUAAGGCGUUUCGAAUGCAACAUUACGACUUACAUGGCGUUCACUACGGUGAGUUUAUGUAUACUAAAAGGAUGCUGUUGUAUUAUGUUUCGUCUUUAUCUCGUAUUUAGCGAUCAGAUAUGUAGUUUGUAGUGGAAUGGUUAGUUUUGAGAAAGGAAGAGGGUAUUAAAUAUGUAGUUGUUUGUUAUUAGAUACAAAUGAAACAAAUUCAAUAUAAACAACGAGCACAUGGUUGAUUUCCUUCUUUGCGGGUGUCAAUGAACUUAGCAUCCGGUUUCGUAAUUUCCUAGGCUGCAUUUACACUAUAACAGCUAGCAUUCUGUUAAAAAUUAACUAUGUUUGUUAGUAGUGGGUUUACACUAUAACAGCUAGAAUUCUGUUAAACAUUAACUAGUUUCUUAGUAUUGGGUUUACACAAUAACAGUGGUUUGCCGUAUCGUACCAACUACUCACGAUUACGCGUGGCACUCUAGAUGCAAAUCAAUAUGCUACGGUAAAUUUGCCGUGGCGUUAUGGUGUAAACGUGGCCAAAUAACACCCUAGCCCUAGCAACGAAUGCCCUUGAGUCAAAUCGAGAGCACACAGUGUUAUUAAGUAGGCUUGUAUUGAAUCAUGUGCUUGAACCAACCAUAGUAAUAAUGGGUUUUGCAACUGUCAUAAAAUACAUUUUGUCUCACUUCCCUAUAUCCCUUACCCUACAACAACCACUCAAUGUCUAGUUGAUUCAGAAGAAUCUGUUCUCAUCACAGUGAGUUUUCAAUUGCAAUGAUUUUAAUUUUUCUCUUUGCCACACAUUUGUCUUUCCAAGACUACCAAGUAAAAUAAUUAUUUGCAGGCCUGCCUUUCUAAUGUGAGCAAUGAAUGGACACAGAAAAUGUCCGUAUUAGAGAGGUGUUGCAAGGGAGAUGUUCAAUUGUAGUUAAAUUUCCAUAAACUUAAAUGUAGGUUCUCGAAGCGCUCUGGUCAACAUGGAAGCACGGCCAAUCACAGCUGGUACAGUUACACGCCGAUGCAUUGUUGUCAAAAUAGGGGAGCUGGCAUACGACCGUUUUAAAGAAAUCCUGGAACAAGGAGCUGGCUCAAUUCUUGUUCUGUUGCCAAGGAAUAUAUCUCGAUAUUCCCUUGAGGAAAUACAGGUUGAAAACCCACUUGUUAUAAUAAAAAGAUUCAUGACAUUUAUUAUAUUUCAAAAAAUGGCUUCAGUUAAACCUGGUUGCAUAAUCAACUAUAAAAAUUGAUGCAAAAAGUGCUAUGAUCAUAGCUAACUUUUGAGCUAUGCUUUGGUACAUAUAUUUUUAAAAAAUGCUCUCGGAAAAUGGGUGGGUCUGAAUAGGUCUGGUAGGUGGGGUUCUCAUAGAGCUUUGGUUAUGUUUUAGGGUGUGACCAAGUUCAUAUUUACUAGAAUACACUAUGGCAACCGGGCAUUAGCUAGUUUGUUCUUUUGCAUGACAAUUUUGCAAUCAUGUUCCCCCAUUUUGUUUAUUUAGUUUUUGUAAAUAUGUAAAAAAAUAAGGAAAUCGGCUGCCCCUUUACCAAGGCUAGUAUGGAUGUGCACCCCCCCCCCCUCCCUCCCCCCUUGGUCUGUAAAUCUAUCCUUGCUGAAAAGUGAAUUCCAUCUAAGACCUAUAUUCGUGAAUGUUGCAGAAGUUACAAGAACUUGAGGAAGAAAUGCUACAGGAGGAAAUUCAACCUUCAGUUUAUUUCACUGAAGAAGAUUCAGAACUUCUUCAGAUUUACGACCACAUCAAGAAAGCAACGACAAGUGACCAAGCUGGUUCUGCCGUCGAAGGUGGGUUUUUUCUACAUAUUUAAGUUGGUUGACAAUGAUCUGGCAUUGGGUCAUUCCAGAAAACACCCACACCUCCCCACAGAGGAAAACUGGAAAUAACCCCCCCCACUCCUUUUGGACCUCCUAAAACUUUUACUAUUAUCCCAUCCCAGUGGGGUGCUGAAAAAAAUUCUAAAUUUCAGACCCUGGUUUUAGGAUAUGAAACCGGAACCUAUUGAUAAUAAGAUUUGUGUUUCAGCUCUGUUUGAUGUGGCUUCUACAAGUGGCUAUCAAAUUGUCGCCAGUACCAGCGAGGCAAAACAAAUCAAAGAUUUAGUCCUCACUAACAUUCAGGGGCGUUUAGUUGGUGACGGAAUUGACGAACAGUUGCCUACCAUAGCUAUUGUCACACAUUACGACUCGUUUGGCAUUGCCCCUGUAAGUAUCCGAAUAGUCGUUUUCACAAUUGCAUGUAGCCAGCAAUUUCACAAUUUAGAUCAGCCAAAAACGUAACUAUUAUAUAAAUAUAAGAUUGUUCAAAUUCAAUACUUUGCUCAAGGAAAAUUGUGUACCAGAUAAGUGUUGCGAGGAUGUUAUGUAGCAUAAAAUAGAUAUUUGUCUGUUUUUAGUAUGCAAAACAAUGUCAGGUGACUUGCACUUAAAAGUUCCAAUUUAGCUCAGCUGGUGCUAGGCCACAAGAACGUCACUUAAAUUAAGAAACACAAUAUUUUUUAAAUGCAUUUGCCAGUUGAGAAACAAAAUAAUAGUAAAAAAUUGUCAAUUAAAAUACAAUUAUCAAUGAUGUUUUAAAAGUGAUGCCAUAUUUACAGCAAUAUAAGCAAAACUUACUGAACUUCAGAGAUUAUUUUCUCUUUGGCAUACCAUCUAAAAUCUCUUCAUUUUAGCACUGUCCUCUUAAGCAACUGUUUUUAUGUUGUUUAUAUACAAAGAGAAUAGUAAUACUUCAUACAAAAUUGUUUUGGGAGAUAUUAUAUUAAAUAUGGCGACCAGAUUUUAUUCACUGGUAGCUACAUUUGGCCAACUAAAACACUUUUAAAAUUUCAACCCCUGGCUCUCAUCUGUGUGUGAGAGAUUGUAUUUUUCUACAGCAUUGCACAAAACAUUGCCUUGUCUUUCUCAAGAGUUAUUCAAAAACCUUUUCAAACAAUCUCUAUACCAUUUCAAGGGUUUAACAACUGGAGCAGAUUCCAACGCGAGUGGCGUUGUAGCGUUGUUAGAAAUUGCCAGGAUAUUUUCAAGACUGUACAAUGAUGAAACAACAAGGGGAAAGUAUCCUUUCAAUAAUUGUUCUGGAUAAAUUUUAGUUACUCUUAAUAAAACUAUAAUUAUACUAGAAUUGCCUGUGAUAUAUACCCAAAAAUACGUGUAUUAAUUAAUCUGGCAGCGUUUUGCAUCGUAACGCUUGCAUAAGAAAGCAAACAACUUUAAGAAUCUUAAGUUUUAUCACAUGUGUUGAAGAUUACACAAAAAAAUGUCACAACUCGUCAACAAGAAUACAAGAUGUGUUCGCAACAGGCUUGUAGCAAGCUUGUCAACAAGUUGUAACAAUGUUGUUAUUUUAUCAAGUUGCUACAAGGUUGUCACUCGCAACUCGUUGACAAAUUGUUGAAUUGCAGGACGAUAACAAGUUGUUGGAACAACUUGUAACAAGUCUGUUGAGCUCAACAACCUUGUAGCAAGUUGUCAACAAGCUGGGAACAAGCAGUGCGAACACAUCCUGUUGACAAGUUGUUGGAACAGCAUUCCUACAAGUCUGCUGCAGGUUUGUUACAACUUGUGCGUUUUUACGUGAUUCUAGCAUCAAAAAUCUGUUUGUGUGUGUUUGGUUUUCUUACAUUCCAUCUUAUCAGAUACAACAUAGUUUUUCUGUUGUCUGGCGGUGGAAAAUUCAAUUAUCUAGGAACGAGAAAAUGGCUUGAGGACCAAAUAGAAAAUUCAGAAAACAGCGUUUUAAACGAAGUAGAUUACGUCCUCUGUCUUGACAGUAUUGGCGGCUCCAAUCAAUUAUUUAUGCACGUUUCGAAACCUCCAAAAGAAAACUCUCCUGGUUUUAAACUAGUUGAAGCAUUUAACGAAGUCGGUGGACAGUAUCCAGAUGUUAAUUUUACACUGGUUCAUAAGAAAGUCAAUUUAGCAGACGAGAUAGUCGCUUGGGAACACGAACGUUUCUCGUUACGUCGCCUGGCUGCUGGAACCUUGUCGCAUUUCAGUCAGCCGAAGGAUUCUGGAAGAACCUCCAUGUUUCAGACGAAGUAAGGGACUGGUCAUAAAGUAACUGCUAGGGUGGGCUGGAGGUAAAUCACAUAUUUUGCCAAUAAGUUUGGUGACCCAUCUUAGGAAGUAGAUAAAAAUUUCAAAGCCCAAAUAAUCUUACCAAAUUUAUUUCAUGACCCACCCACCUAAUCCAAGUUGGGAAAAUACACUUUUAUAAUAAAAAAAAACUUGCAGGUAUGAACUUUGUAAAUAUACACCGGCACUGUUUGACAUACAUACACUGUACAUAAUUCUACCAAGCUUGACCAACACAUUCAUCACCAAUUACGAUACUGAGCUGCUCUCCAUUUGGUUGUAUUUGCUGUGAUUCGACCACUUCUUGUUGCUGUAUAAAAUAAAGUACUGGCUUCAAUAGCAUCAUUUGCAUUUGAUAAUUUUGAUAGUUUGUUUAUUUUUAUUAUUAAUAUCUUUAUAUAAUAUAUAUUUAACAUGGGUUUUUGUUUGGUGGCCCAACCGUGGACAUACAAAAAAAUUGGCGGCCCAUUGAAACUGCCCAAAGAUUUUCCAUGGCCUUUCCCAAAUCACCCCCAGCCCACCCUAGCAGUUACUUUAUGACCGGUCCCUAAGGUGACUCCAUUCCUAAGCCUGGUUUCUAUAUGGUCGUAACGGUCGUAAAGAUUGAGUCACGAUCUUUCUCGUCAGCCGAAAUACAACAUUUUAGAACUGAAAAUACGCGGAGUAGUUAUAACUAGAGAAUAUUUAUGAUUUAUAUGUUAAAAUUAUUGUUUGUGGUUUACAGACCGUAAACUGUUAUAAACUGGCCGUUGAGAAAGAUCGAGACACUAUUUUCACGACCAUAUGGAAGCCAGGCUCUACGACUACAGGAUGAAUUUUGAAUCGUCGACUACAUUCACAUCACUUUACGUGUAUUCACACUAUGCCGUUUUAGUCUGUUUACAAAUUCAAUUAGCACUCAUGUAAGCCCAAAAUAUUUCAAAUAGAGCAAAGAAAUUUAAACGAAAGGCAUUCGACUUUACUGUUUUGAGACCUGAGAUGCUUGGUUUGCAAGCUGUACAAAAAAGUAACGGCGUUUGUGUUGACACGAAGCCGCCAAGCGUUCGUUUUCAUUUCGUUUUAGAAACCACAUGUGCUCAAAUUGGUACGGCAAAAGUGACAUUUUCAAACAUACAGUAGUUUUCAAACAUAGUUUUGAACGUACAGUAUGUAGUCUUUAAAUAUCCACAAUUUCUUUUUUCGUCUUCACACGGCGAUGCAUGAAGAUUGGAGACGGUUUAUAUGUGAUGUAAAGUAUUUAAGAAUUUAGUUGAAUCUAUUUCUGAAUUUAUUAUUUGAUGUGGACAUAAUUUCGGACCGAAAUAUUUUCGGUUCUUUUCGUCAAUGGCAUAAUUUGUAUCUUUUUCUAUUUUACUAUAGGCCUGUAAAUGCGAAUACUUUAGAAAAACAUAUUAAGUUUAUAGCAGAAGCCAUUGCAAGACAUGUUUACAACACGUCUUCAAAGGUAUUUUUACAUUUGUUUUUAAAAAAAGCUAAAUCCUGGAUCAUCUUACAAUUUGGGUGGCCCAUCAAACUAUAGUUACUUUAGAACUCGUAUAGCUGUUCAUUACAAAUAGAGUUAGUUUAGUUUAGGUUUCCUCCUGUAGUAACACUGGAUCAAUAAGAGAUGAUCCUUACUGGACCUCUAGGAAGAACAGUUUGUAGAACUGAUAGAGCUAUCCAGUAUAUGAAUAAAGUUAGUUUUGUUUAUGUUUUACCAGUAUAAAUAGAGUUAGUUUAGUUCAGGUUUCCUCCUGUAGUAACACUGGACCAGUAAGAGAUGAUCCUUACUGGACCUCUAGGAGCUAUCCAGUAUAACUAAAGUUAGUUUAUCAAGCCCCUUUCUCUAUGAAUCGCUCUCAUUUUGGUUGCUACCAUACCUCAUUUGAGUCGAGAAGAGAAAGGAGAUAAAAUGUCUAAGAUAAAGUCACUUCAAGAUUUUAUGUUGCUUGCAGUGAAAGAGACUUAGACGACAUUUAUGCAUUUAACAUCUUCCUCAACAAUUGUAAAUUGCCGUCUGAGGAAAGUCUUCAUCCUCGUGCAAUGUUGACAUUUUCUUUUAUUUUUAAGGUUUUCCGAAGUCAUCCUGAAAUAUUCAGCGGUGGGAUGGUAUGUUAACUUCAAAACUAAUGUUUAAAUCGCCUUUUAGCACGUACUGGUUUUGUAAUAUACUGUACGUACUGAAUGUUUUAUGUACUGUUUAAACACGAGCAGGAGCGUUUUUUCAGAUAUAAAAUGACAAGAGCGCAGCUCGAGUGUUUCAUAUCUAAUAAAGCGAGGACUGCGAGUGUUUUAAAUGGCUUAUUUAAAAAACGAUCCAUCUGAUGAGUUCAUUGGCAAAGUAUAAUUUUAAAAAUAAACGUCGCCUAAGCCGAGAAGAUCAAAGCUAAAGAUUAUGUUAAUGAACAUGAUUUUUUAUCACAUGUAAAACUACCGACAUCGUAGUGAUUUCCUCAUGAAUUCCUCAUUUUCCUCAUGAACUCUUAAUGAGUUGUUUAAAGAGUCAUUGUGAACCACAAUACAUUUGUUUACAUCUUGCUUUCGGAAGUGACAGAUAGCAACAAAUGACGAUUAUAAACAUUUCUUUGGUGCAAUUUUAGUAUAAAAAAGUUAAAAUGAGCAAGUAUAACCAUAGGAUGGUAGUAAUAUAUUAUGGAUUGAAAACCGAAACAUCUAUUAUUCCGCCAUUAAAAUGGCUGCCAAGUAGGUUUGGGCGCGCAAUGCAUUGUGGUUGACAAUGACUCUUUAAAAUAUUACGCUUUACCUGCCUUUUAGGGUCUACAUAUGGAAUUUGUCAAAACAUGGUUGUCACACAUGACCACGAAUCCUAGAGCAGUACAAUUUAUCACAAAGAAUCAUCCGUUAUUGAAAGGCUUAGAACUGGUACUGUGGUGACUUUAUAAAACUCUCAAAAUUUAGCAACCUAUAGAAGACAUUUCACUGUAUUUCCUAGCAAUGUUUCUCCAAGUUCGGUGAGCUAGCAAACAUUUUUCAAAGCAUUUGCUUAAACCUUUUCGUAUUUUCUUCAGCAUCUUUCAAAAUAUGUAAAAGAAGUGAAAAGAAUUGCUAUCAAGGCUGAUAAAAGGUAUUAGAUUGAAACUUUGGUUUUUCGUAUCUCUGAGGAUGGUUCUGAAAUAGAUUGAGUUAAAUUCCUGUAAUAAACUGCUAUCUGACUAUACAGUAAUUUCGUUAGAGCUAUCCAGUAUAAAUAAAGUUGGUUUAGUUUAGGUUUCCUCCUGUAGUAACACUGAAUCAAUAAGAGAUGAUCCUUACUGGACCUCUAGGAAGAACAGUUUAGAACUGAUAGAGCUAUCCAUUAUAAAUAAAGUUGGUUUAGUUUAGGUUUCCUCCUGUAGUAACACUGGAUCAAUAAGAAAUGAUAUUUACUGGACCUCUAGGAAGAACAGUUUAUAACUAAUAGUGUUGAUCAGUAUAAAUAUAGUCCGUUUAGUUUAGGUUUCCUCCUGUAGCAACACGAGUAAUUCAGAACUGUUGAAGCUAUGUUAUGAACCACCUUUCUCUAUGAAUCGCUCUCAUUUUGGUUGCUACCAUACCUUAAUUGAGUCGAGAAGAGAAAGGAGAUUAAAUGUCUAAGAUAAAGUCACUUCUAGAUUUUAUGUUGCUUGCAGUGAAAGAGACUUAGACAACAUAUAAGUUAUUUAAAUAUUUUCCUCAUAAAAGGUUACAUAACUUAUAUCAUCAAUGAACGCGUAAGGAAAGAUCACAGUGUCAAUAUUGUCAUUUUGUAGAGAUCCUGAUUUUGUGUUUUACGAUGCACUGGAGACAACAAUGUUCGCAUACAGGUUGGUAAAAGAUCGCUCUUGGACAACAUUUUAGAACCGAUUAAUGAACAGUUUAGAACUGACAGAGCUACCCAGUGUAAAUAAAGUAAGUUUGGUGUGAUGUAUUUUUGAAUCUUUGACAUGUUUUCAGAGUGAAACCAGCAAUCUUUGAUCUUUUCCUGGCGGCAGGAAUUGCUUGCUACGUUGGUCUGUUUUAUCUCUCAAUCAUGGUAAGCUCAGUAAUAUGUUUUGACACUGGUUCUUUUUACGUGCCUGUUUAUAGCUUUCGUAUAUAUAAACAACCUCUCAAAUGGAGUUUGACAUCGUUCAUGACAAACUGACUGACAAGAUGGCUUGCUUUACUUUACAUGUUUGUUUGUUUGUUUGUUUGUUUGUUUGUUUGUUUGUUUGUUUGUUUGUUUGUUUGUUUGUUUGUUUGUUUGUUUGUUUGUUUGUUUGCUUGCUUGCUUGCUUGCUUGCUUGCUUGCUUGCUUGCUUGCAUUUGUUCACCACCUUUCUCUAUAAAUCGCUCUCAUUUUGGUUGCUACCAUACCUUACAUGAGCCGAGAAGAGAAACGAGAUAAAAUGUCUAAGAUAAAGUCACUUCAAGAUUUUAUGUUGCUUGCAGUGAAAGAGACUUAGAUGACAUUUAAAUAUGUACAAGCGUAGUUAAACAAUGGGGGAAUAGUGGCGCACCCCAGAAAGUCCACCUUCAGGGGAAAAAGUAAAAAUUAAAUAGUAUUUAAGUGCUUUGUAUGUUUGCAUGGCGAUAAAACAUAUAAUAGUUUUGUUUGUGGAAACACCACAUAUUAUUAGCACUGAUGAAGAUCCGGGCUUACGGAUCGAAAGCUUUGCAGUAAUAAAUUUACGUGGUGUUUCCACAAACAAAACUAUUAUAAAUAGUAUUUCUUUUCGUUUCAGAACUUUCCUUUGUUGAUUGACAUCCUGCCCAAACCAGCAGGUGUCCUUAAGAGCAAAUAUACAUGAAAACAGAGACAUUUGAAAUAUAAGAUAAGUGAUAACCUGCCUGGGAACUUAUUUUAGCUCAUCUUAUAAAAUAAUCAUUAUGUAAUUGCGAAUUGAUACUGUAUAAAUUAAUUUUACACUAUCAAAGUUCCUUUGAACAAAUUACAGUUUGGUCAAAGUGCGUGAGUGUAAAACCUCGUUCAAAUGCUUGCAUCAAAACACGGACAAUACUUUCUUUGUGGAAUAUAAUUAGAUAAUUUAAUUGUAUUUUGGACU